AUGCCAAUCGAGACUCCGAUGUCUACUGACACAGUCGAGGUCGAGAAAGCACCCAUCUAUGACGGCAUGGGUACUGACGAAGACCCCUUCGUGGUGCAAUUUCAGAAGAACGACCCUGAUAAUCCGAUGAACUGGAGCUCUUCUCGUAAAUGGUUCAUUGCCUGCAUUGCAACUACCUCCGUUUUUGCUAUCACCUUAGCCUCGUCCGCAUACUCCGCAUCCUCCAAUGAAAUCCUUGCAGAAUUCGAUGUUAGCCCAGAAGUCUUCACGCUGGGUCUUUCCCUUUUCGUUCUCGGAUUUGCAGUCGGUCCUGGACUCUGGGGUCCUCUAUCCGAACUAUACGGAAGAAGAAAGCUGUGGAUAACCAGUCAUAUCGCAAUGGUUUUUUUCCUCGGUGGAUCUGCUGGAAGUCAAAACAUCGCCACCCUUCUCGUCUUACGAUUCUUCGCCGGCACUUUUGGAGCAUCUCCACUCGUGAAUUCCGGUGGCACAAUCGCCGAUCUGUUUUUACCAGCCCAGCGCGGCCUUGCUUUAACAGUCUAUUCUGUCGCGCCAUUCCUUGGUCCCGUACUUGGUCCAGUAGUUGGGGGUUUUAUCUCCGAGAAUAUUGGUUGGAGAUGGGUACAAGGCGUCUGUACGAUUUUUAUUGGACUUCUCGGUAUCCUGGGUGGGAUCUGUAUUCCUGAAACAUAUGGGCCCGUUAUUCUACAGCGGCACGCUCUUUCACUUUCAAGAUCGGACUUCAAUACCUACAUAAGCGUCCUAGAGAAACGUCAGGGCAAGAAGAAUCCAUCCGAAGUCUUCAAGAAGGCUCUGUUCCGGCCUUGGAUUUUUCUUUUCCUUGAGCCCAUUCUCUUGGUCGCAUCCAUUUAUAUGGCCAUUAUUUAUGGUACAGUUUAUAUGUUUAUGAGUGCCAUGCCAAUUGUAUUCAACGAAGAUCGUGGCUGGAGUGAAGGCAUUGGGGGCCUCUCCUUUCUCGGUAUUGCUAUGGGCAUCGUCUUGGGUUUGGUUUAUACAAUCUGGGACAACAACACCCGAUAUAUCAGAUUGGUUAUAUCCAAAACCACAACGCCAGAGUCCCGCUUGCCACCCGCUAUUAUCGGCGCAGUCGCUCUACCUAUUGGAAUGUUUGCAUUUGCUUGGACCAACUACCCUAGCAUCCACUGGUCUGUAUGCAUCAUUCUGUCGGCCCCAUUCGGAUUCGGUUGUGUGCUUGUUCUCCUACCCAUCAUGAACUAUUUGAUCGAUACCUAUACAAUCUACGCUUCAUCCGUUCUAGCUGCAGCUGCUAUCUUUCGGUCUGUAGUGGGUGCUGUGUUUCCCCUAUUCACGACGCAGAUGUAUAAUAACUUGGGCAUCCACUGGGCAUCUAGUGUUCCAGCUUUCAUGACAGUGAUUUGUAUGCCAUUUCCACUUAUCAUGUAUUGCUAUGGUAUGCAGGUGCGCAUGAAGUGUAAGUUUUCUUUCGAGGCAGCGGAGAUUAUGAGGACGAUGCAGAUGCAACACGCUCAAAGCAACUCAGAUUCAAGGGAAUGA